GCGUAGAGAUGGAGGUGCCCUCGACCCUCGUGGAUCCGGCACUUCGGCGAGGCGGUGCCUUAAAGAGUUGGCAGCGGCGGGCUUUACGGAAGCGAGGGCGGGAAGAAGCUUUUGCGCACCUGCCUGUAAUGUUCGAGGCCAGCCACUUUGGACCUGAGGCUCCUGGCAGCCAGGCAGCCUUGUUAGCCAACGCUUCUCUCGUGGCUGGCCUUCAUCCGGAUGAGGCCACCGAGGCCAUCGUGGACUUGGCCUUGGAUGCGGGACGCCGCUUUGCGGUGGUGCCUUGUUGCGUCUUCGCAGAGAAGUUUCCGUCCCGUGAGCUCGCACCAGGCGUGCCAGUCCGGACACUGAACCAGUUCUGCGCGUAUCUUUGUGCCAAAGAUCCUCGCAUAAAAGAAGCGCUUCUGGACUUUGAGGGCCGAAACAAGGUUCUCUACAUACUAUGA